AUGGACGGCGCCGUGGGCCAGCGCAUCCAGCAGAAGCUCGCGACGCGGCGCCUCGCGUCCGGCGAGAACGACGCCCACGCGGCGACGAAGGCUGCCGAGAAGCUGCACCGGCGCCUCGCGCGCCUCGCGGAGAAGCUCGAGAUGUCGGAGCUGGCGACGAGCGAGGCGAGCUCCCACGUCGCCGAGCUCAUGAAGCGCGGCGCCGGCGCCCCGGCGGCCCCGGCGCCGCCCGCCGUCGGCGCCGGCGCGGCCGCGCGAAGUCUGGCGGAACACGACGCGCACGCGGCGGCGCUCGCCGGCGAGGCGGACACGCUCCGGGCCGCGGGCCGCCACGGCGCGGCCGUCGCGAAGCGCCAGGAGGUGUGCUCCUACUGGUCCGGCGUCGCGGACCUCGCGCGCGGCGGCGGGGCCUCCGCGGACGCGGCGGCGUGCUCCGACCGCCGCGACGCUGCGUCGCUCCGGUACCACGCGGAGGCCGUCGCCGCGCCCAACGCGCUCGCCUGCCGCGCGGCGCGGCGCGGCGAGGCCGACGAGGCCGUCCGCCAGCGGCGCGCCUUCCUCCAGGGCGCGCUCGCGCUCCGCGCGCGCGUCGACGGCGACUUCCUCGAGGCGAAGACGACGGCCUGGAUCCGCUUCGCCGCCGAGGAGCUCGCGUUGGAGGUCGCGGCCAAGGCCAAGGCCGAGCCCGACGACCACCGCGCCUGCUGCGCCGUCCUCCAGGACGCGCUGGCCGUGCGCCGGGGCCUCGUCGGCUUCCGCCGCUACUCCGUGCUGCUCGACCUCGCGUGCCACCUCGAGCUCUCCGGCGCGCCGCGGGGCGCCGUGCUCGACGCCGUCGUGCGGCGCCUGGCCGUGCUUCGGGAGGCGCGGACCCGGCCCGACGCCGACGACGGCGCCGCGGAGGAUCCGUCGCCGUACUUCGACCGAGUCGCGCGGCCGCAGUUCCCGCCCGCGCGCCGCGACUGGGCCGGCGACGCGGCGCUCGCGACGACGCUCGCCGACGCCGCGCGGCACCGCGUCGCCGCGCGGGACUACGGCGCCGCGCGGGCCAGCGCGGACGAGGCCAUCGCGCUCUGCCUCUCCGCGCUCGAAGCGACGCCGGAGAACGGCGACGUCGCCGUCGCGCUCGCGGCCGCGCGCGUCGAGCGCGCGGCCGUGGCCCUCGCCGACGGCGACCGGCCCCUCGCCGUGGCCUGCCUCGCGGACAUCGAGAGCGACGCGGGCCUCCGCGCGCGCGUCUCCGUCGCGCAGAACCCGAGGCUCCGCCUCGCCGCGGGCUGCCUCGGCGACGCCGACGGGCCGCCGCCGCCGCCGCCGCGCCUCGACUUCACCUUCGGCUGCGGCUGCGCGCCGGCCUUCGAGCUCCCGGACUUUGGGCUUCCCCGGCGGUAA